AUGGCGAAUUUCAACAGCAUCCGGGAGAGGUUUGGGGGCCGCAGCGUCGGGCACACUGUCGUCGUGCAGGCACCGCAGGAGGAGCACACGUCAGGCUACACACCCGGCCCCUCCGCUGCUUUGUCCACGCCGCGACAGCCAGCUCAGAGGCGACACCUCCUCAUCUCAGGCCGGUUUAAUUCGCAGGAGAAGCUGAGCUACAUGCGCUCAGUCAAGCGAGUGCUGGAUUCGGAGGGGGUUCCCGUGUGCAUGGUCCAGACGCGCGGGCCGGGAGACUCCUUCGGGAAUCUGACCGAGCUGGGGCUGUACCGUGCCCUGGGGCUGAUUGCGUUCUGCACGGACGACUAUGGGGCCGUGACCGGCGCCCAGUACGAGACCUUUGUGGAGCUGCGCUACGCCCACCAGAACAAACUGCCCAUCAUCCCCGUGCAGCUGUGCGACACAUUUCCGCCGGAGCCUCCGGAUGAGGAAGGCCGAGCUCAGAACCACCUGGUGCUUCGCCGAGAUAUCGACCGCAUUACCGACAUCGGCAUGGGCGAGCCAGAGAGGGUGGCCCGCAAGAUCCUGCGCGCCUGGAACGGGCUCCAAGAGCCGCCACGCCCCGGAUGA